UGUGGAUUAGAUGGACGGGGUUUCUGCCCAUACCGGAAGUUAGUCGAAAGAAAGCAGCCUGCUGUUUAGCUUAUGAAGUAAUGGAACAAAUACAGUGAAUCAUUUACUCAGUUGUGCAGUUGUAAGCCAUGGCUCAGUCUGAGAAGAAAGCAGGUCUGCUGAGGAGAACCUCCUCUAAGAAACCACUGAAGGAGAAGGUGGUGCUCAUGUAUGAUGAGAUAUUUGCGAAAGAAGACCCUAAUAAGAGCAAUCCUCGCUUCUGGGAUGAGCUCUUUCUGAUGAAGGUGAAUCUUGAGUAUUUGGAAGGGAAGCUGGAGUCUUUGGAUGGUGAUGAAGUGAUGAAACUCAAAGACAACAUCAACAGUUUGUUCCAUCACUGUGUUCAAGCCCUGGGCGAGGAGCACCAGAUUAAAGUAGUCAAUGCACUUCAGACUCUGUGCGCACUGUUUCGAGGAGUUCACCAAAAGAACAAAUCCGCCACAGGCUUUGACAUCAUCAACAUGCUGAUGGGCUUCGACAAAGCUGAACUCAGAAUGAAGGAGCUGAUGGAGAGUCUGGACAGUCUGCUGUGUGGUGACGGAUCAGAGAGUCUGAAGAGUUUAUGUUUGAAGCUGCUGCUGUGUCUGGUCACUGUGACAGAUAAUAUCAGUCAGAACACCAUACUGGAGUAUGUGAUGAUCAAUAGUAUAUUUGAGGCCAUUCUGCAAAUUCUGUCUGAUGUGUCCAGUCGAGCGCAGCAUGGCUAUGAUUCUGUGGUCCUUUUAGCGCUUCUGGUCAAUUACAGGAAGUACGAGUCUGUGAAUCCUUACAUUGUGAAACUGUCAAUAGUGGACGACGAGCCGACUCUGGAUGGCAUGGGAAUGGUCAUCCACCAUGCACUUACAGAGUACAAUAGGCAGUAUAAAGACAAAGAGGAGGAAAGCCAGGGAGGGUUUUUCUCCACUCUUACCAGCAUGGUGGGCAGUAUGUUUAUUGCUGAUGCAGAUGAAAAGCUGUCAGUGCAGACUAAUGAAGCCAUCCUGCUCGCUCUGUACGAGGCCGUACAUCUCAACAGAAACUUCAUCACGGUUCUCGCACAGAGCCAUCCAGAGAUGGACAUGACAGCAACAGCCGUUACGCCUGUCCCAGCCUCUCCUACAACUCCACUAGGCACUACACCGCCCUCUCUGGACAUGAUGAAUAAUCCUGAGCUUCCUCUGGACCCAAACUUGCAGACCAGUAAUCUUCUUAUAACCUUCCUUAAAUAUUCCUCCAUCGUCAUGCAGGACACCAAAGAUGAGCACAGACUCAACAGUGCCCGAUUGUGCCUCAUCAUCCUGACCUGUAUAGCCGAGGAUCAAUAUGCUGAUGCCUUUCUGCACGAUGAUAACAUGAACUUCAGAGUCAACUUGCACAGAAUGCCCAUGAGACAUCGCAAGAAAGCUGCAGAUAAGAAUGUCCCCUCUCGACCUUUAGUGUGUGCAGUGCUGGAUCUGAUGGUAGAGUUUAUCAUCACUCAUAUGAUGAAGGAAUUUCCCAUGGAUCUCUAUGUGCGCUGCGUUCAGAUUAUUCACAAACUGAUCUGCUACCAGAAGAAGUGCAGAAUAAGACUGCAUUACACCUGGAGAGAACUCUGGUCAGCUCUCAUUAACCUUCUGAAGUUCCUGCUGUCUAAUGAGACCAGCCUUCUGGCAAAACACAAUAUCUUCCAGCUGGCACUUCAGGUUGUGAACCUCUUUAACAUGUUCAUCACAUAUGGAGACACGUUUCUACCCACCCCCAGCAGUUACGAUGAGCUUUAUUAUGAGAUUAUUCGCAUGCAUCAGGUUUUUGAAAACCUCUACUGCAUGGUGCUGAGAGUCUCCACCAACGCAGGCCAGUGGAAAGAACCCGCAAGUAAAGUUACUCAUGCUCUCAUCAAUGUUAGAGCAAUUAUUAACCAUUUUAACCCUAAGAUUGAGUCCUAUGCUGCUGUGAACCACAUCUCCCAGCUCUCAGAAGAUCAGGUACUGGAAGUGGUACGGUCAAACUACGACACACUAACUUUGAAGUUGCAGGAUGGUCUGGAUCAAUUUGAGCGUUACGCUGAGCAGCCCAAAGAGGCCGCCUUCUUCAAGGAACUAGUACGCUCCAUCAGUCUGAACGUGAGAAAAAACGUGUCUCUAAACACCAUGAGUCAGGACGUCCUGCUGAAGGAAUUCUCCUCUAUUUCCUGAAAGAACCAGAACCAUCACCUGUGUUUAGGACUCUUCCAUACUGACACAUCUACAAAAACACCCCACACAUCUGAUACUUCUCAGUGUUACAUCAGAACUGACAGUGGACUAUACUGGAUUUGAUCACUAGGCUGUAUUAUAGAUGGAGUGUGUGUGAUUUCAGAACAGACUUGUAUUUGCUCAACAAAGCAAUCAGCCAAACUUUGCACAAUGUGAGUUUUGUUUUCAACUAACCGUUUUUUUCUUUUCCUAACAUUUUCUUUUUCUUGACGGCCUGGUGCUUUCUCUGUUGAUUAUACUGUAUGUUCUCAUCGCCUUAGUACCAAUCUGAUGAAACCCAUUGUGCUCGCACAUGAAAACCAGACUUAUUUUGAUUUAUUUUCUAUAUACCUCUGAGAAUUUUUUGUUUCCAGUAGAGUGAAUGCAAACAAAUUAACACAUUGCGGGCGAAUUUCACAAAGAACUGUAUACCCCAUUUAACCCCAAAUCAAAAGAAUGAAAUAAGAAGUUAUGUUUUUCAUAAAGUAAAUGAAGCCUAUUUUAGGGCCAUUAAGAUGUAUUGCAUUUUUACAUUAUUUUCUUAAGAAUAAUGCAAAAUUUCCCAUAAAAUUCUUAUUGCGGUAAUGCAAAAAAUCUCAUUCUCAUUACUGUAAUACAGUAAUGACAAUCAUACUGUCCAGAUUAUUUUAUUAUUAUUAUUUAAAUCAACAUAAAUGAAAUUCAGUGCAACAAAUACUACCAUGAUUUUUACAUAAAAUUGUACUUUAUGAAUGUACUUUGCAAUUUAAAUAAUAUUUUGGUAACACUUUACAAUAAGGUUGUAUACAUUAGGUUGUAACAUUAGUUAACACGUUAGAUAUAAUGAACAAACAAACAAUAUUUUUACAGCAUUUUUAUUUUUAUUUUGGUUAAUGUUAAUUACUACAUUUAUUCAUAUAUUUUACAUUAAACAUUGUAUACGUUAACAUUAGUUAAUCAAUAUGCAUGAUCAGUGAACAAUAAAAUUCAAUUAAUUAAAAAUCAAGAAUAAUAAAUGCUGUGAAAAAAUAUUUUUUAUCAUUAUUUCAUGACAUCUAAAGUUUUAACUACUAUUAACAUUUAGAACCUUAUUAUAAAGGGUUACCUACACAACAACAACAACAACAACAACAAAAAAAACAAAAAUAUAUAUAUAUAUAUAUAUUAGCCUAUUUUCAAGAUUUACUUGUAUCAAUUUUAUAGCAAAAGUCCAUCAAAUUGAAUUGUAUAAUGUUUAACAAAAUUAAAUUAAUAAAACUUAAAAUAUUUAGGGUUUUUUCGUUGUAUUUGAUUAAAGAUUACUCGAUUCAAUUUGAUGGAAUUUUGUUGACAUUGAAAAGGGUGAAUCUUAUAAUAUUUUGCCUAAUGUUGAGGAGAAUUUAGGGGAAAAUAAUGUCACGAUGCAAAAAUAUCAUAGUGCAAAAAAUAAUUUCUUAUUUCUUCCUUUUGAUUUUGGAGUGAAAUAUGACUUGGACAUUUUUGAACAGAUUAACCCUUGCAAAUUAAUGCACUAAUUUUUUUAUCUGACAGUCUAUUGACUUUUCUUUCGCUCACAGUAUUUCCCAGUAUUGCCGAAAGUGCGCAUGAGUAUGUUGAGUGCAACAAUUGGUAAAGAAAAAACAAAUGUAUUAAUAUUACAUGAAAUGAAGCCUCACUGAAACCUAGUUUGUUAGAAAUCCCACUCUCUGUGUUGGUUUUAAUUUUUGUUUGGGUUUGAAAUUAGAGCAUUAUAGAACCCAAACCAGUUCUAUAGUCACACUUGAAACCAGCACAUGGAGAAUAACUGAAUAAACAAAUACAUCUCAAAGACGUUCUUUGUAAACUCUCGCUGGUUUUGGUUCUAGAUGAGUAUUUGGUUUCCUUCGCCUUAGUAUUCUUAUUUAUGGGUGUUUGUUUCCUAAUUAAAUCUUAUUUUGUACAACACGCACAAUGAUGGUCAGUUUCUCUGGAUUCCAGUGUUUUAAUUAGUGGUAUUUGCUAAGGCAAUCACGUGAUUACUGUUGCUUAUACUUAGGGUUUGGGAUUUAACAAAACCUUAACCCUAAGUUUUAAACAUCAUGGACAUGAAUGAUAGCUCUUGUUGAGAAGUUUGCUACUUUCCGAAGCAGUCUGAUGUACAACUCUCACCUGUCGGACAGAAAACAUUUCAAAGACUUGCAUUGAUGGAGGUACCCAAGUCAUAGGAAGCAUGCAGAGCCUAGCUGGGUCCCAGGCUGGAUUCCUCUGAGAGUUUAUCCUUGUGUUUGGGCUGACUUCCUGAAAAGCAACUUAGCGACAAUCCCUAUUGUUAAAAGUGCUUUAUAAAUAAUGCUGAAUUGAUUUUAAUGUUUUAUUUCUUUAGGCUUAUAGGAUUUGUCAGAGCCCAUUCUACAGUAUAUCUUGCCCAACCACACUUCCACUCAUUUUCCAAUAGCUCUACAAUCUUAUACAGAUUUCACUAAAUCCUUUUUUCAUUGUCUGUGUCUGUCUUCAUUGCUGCCUCUUGCCAAAAGUCUAUAUAGAGUUGUGCUCAAAAGUUUGCAUACACUGGCUUAAAUUGUGAAAUUUUGGCAUUGAUUUUGAAAAUAUGACUGAUCAUGCAUGACUUUUAUUUAAGGAUAGUGAUCAUAUGAAGCCAUUUAUUAUCACAUAGUUGUUUGACUCCUUUUUAAAUCAUAAUGAUAACAGAAAUCACCCAAAUGGCCCUAAUUAAAAGUUUACAUACCCUUGAAUGUUUGGCCUUUUUACAGACACACAAGGUGACACACAGGUUUAAAUGGCAAAUAAAAGUU